ACGAAAGCGUCGUGAUUACCGACAAAGUCGUAUUUAGACCGGGAAAGUGGCGCAAAUCGCUGGUGCUGUGGAGAGCAUCCGCUAGCAGCCGUGAUGGCUCCCGUUCGGUUGGCGGUGUUGCUGGUGGCAGUCGUCGGAUUAGUAUGCUUACGAGUGAUUCCCGUGUCUCUCGCAUCAUCCACGAUAUCACGGUAAAUGAAUCGCAAACGCUAGAUACCAGAGAAAGCGGACAUCAUUCGUUGGACCAGCUCGAUGUUAGUGUGCAUCAGUUUGUAGCCCCCCUUGUCCCACUGCGAACGUUUGCGGAUCAUUGCUACCUAGGAUUGCGUAGUCCAAAGGAGGAAAUACUGAAACGCUGUCACCAGCAGGAACCAAUCUCGUUCGAGGAAGCGUUUGCUCGCUUGGGCAUAACGAUGCACAAGAAGAUCGGCGAAGGAGUGUACGGCGAGGUGUUUGAGUGCCGAAAAGGAAGCGAGGGACAACGGUCGGUGCUGAAGUUGAUACCGAUCGAGGGUACGCUCAUGAUUAAUGGCGAGAAACAGAAAACCUUCGAAGAGAUAGUCUCGGAGAUAAUCAUAUCCUCGGAGCUGAGUAAUCUGCGCCAACGGAGUGUACAAUUCUCGACCGACGGAUUCGUGGAGUUGACAAGCGUGAGCUGCUUGAAAGGCGAGUAUCCACCUAUUCUGCGUGAUCUAUGGAAUGGAUACGCAGACGAACAGGGCACGGAAAACGACAGCCCGGAUAUGUUUCCUGUCGAUCAGCACUACAUCGCCUUUGAGACGGCUUUCGGAGGCAGCGAUUUGGAGGGUUUUCGCUUCAGAAAUUCUUUACAGGCAUUCGCAGUCUUCUCGCAGAUUGUUCUCUGUCUGGCCAUCGCUGAGCAGCGGUUCGAUUUCGAGCAUCGUGAUCUACACUCCGGCAACAUUCUCGUCGAACCGACGAAGGACACCGAACGGACGUACCAUCUGUUGGGUGAGGAGAUCGUGAUUCAAACGCAAGGCUUGAAAGCGACCAUCAUCGAUUACACCCUGUCCCGGAUCGUGUACAACGGGCUGUGCCUGUUCAACGAUCUUUCGACCGAUGAAGAGCUGUUUACGGCGGAAGGAGACUAUCAGUUCGAGAUCUAUCGUAAGAUGAAGACCGCCGUGGAGAAUCAAUGGAAUCGUCACGAGCCUAAAACGAACGUUUUCUGGUUGCAUUACCUGUUGGAAAAAUUGAUCACCUGUCGGAAUUAUCGCGACAAAAUGACCAAAGUCCAUCGGGCGACCAUGAAAUCGAUGAAGGAAUUAAGCGCGAUCCUGCUGAAAUUCGAGAGCGUGCAUGAAAUCGUCCAGCAUUACUUUUCGUCCGGUGACGAUGAGUCCAACAAGGAAAAUUAG